GCGUCGGGGUCUGGGGCUGCGUCUGGAUCAGGGUCUAGGUCUGCGUCUGCGUCUGGGUCAGGGUCAGGGUCUGCGUCUGGGUUAAGGUUUAGGUCUGCGUUUGGGUCUAGGUCUAGACGUCUGAUACAAAAGCAGGCUACUAGUCAGGAUAUAAUAUACAUCGAUGAUGUGUGGAAACACACGAAAGGAACUGUCGACAAAAAGUUGGAGCGGUCCGAGCCUUACAGAAUAUUUACGUCUCCAAUUUCCUGUGAUUCUAAAACACACACCGAAGAAUCAACACUGUCGUUUCCAGAGCUCUUAGACAAAAGUCUCGGUGAAUUAUCGGAAUCACUUCACUUGAACUUCAUGGUCGAGAUCGGCUGGCUAGUUGCUCAAUAUGCCAUAACUGGUCAAAGGGGUAAAAGAAUUACACUUUUAUAUAGAUGUUGUGAUCUAGAUAUCGAUAAGUUACAUUUAAGGAAGAAAGUACUAGAUGUUAGACAUAAAAGAAUAAUUAAUAAAGAUGCUUUUGGUUAUCAGCAUAGUAAGGUAUCAAUGUUUGCUUAUGCCGAUGGUAGUUUACGAGUUAUAGUUAUGUCGGCUAAUUUGUGUGAAGAUGAUUGGACCAAAUUUACUCAAGGAAUUUGGGUGAGCCCAAAAUUUCCAUUGAUAGCGGAGAAUGAUAAGUCAGAUGGUAAUUCUAAAACUAACUUUAAAAUAGAUAUCUUGCGAUAUUUAAAAUCUUUUAAAGAACCAUUAUUAAUUCAAUGGAUAAAAAAAAUUGAAAAAAUAGAUUUCAGUCAAGCAAAUGUGUUUUUCAUACCUAGUGUUCCAGGCAGUCAUAAAGAAAAUUUGUGGGGACAUGUAUAUUUAAAAAGUAUUUUAAAAAAACAUGCUUGUCUACCAUUUCAUUUACCGUCAGAAUGGCCUAUAAUUGCUCAAUGUUCAUCAUUGGGAUCUUUGGGUGCCACAGACAAACAAUGGUUGAGAUCAGAGUUUAUUGAAAGUCUAUCAGCUUCUACUUAUAGUGGAGUUAUAGAUACAGACAAUGAUCCUAUUCCUUUCAACUUGAUUUUCCCAUCUAAGAACAAUGUUUUGAAUAGUUGGAAUGGAGCUUCAGAGGGUGCAUGCUUGCCGUAUAGUAAGGAAGUACAUGAAAAACAAUUGUGGCUUAAAAAAUACAUGUGCUUAUGGAAAUGUCGUUCACAAACGCGAACAAGAUCAAUGCCUCAUAUAAAAACCUAUUGCAGAAUUUCGUCAUGUUGUACCAAAAUGUCUUGGUUUUUGUUGACAAGUGCUAAUUUAUCAAAAUCUGCUUGGGGCAGAAAGCUUAAUUCAAAUGGGAAUAACUACAUAAUGGCAAACGAAGCUGGAGUUUUGUUUUUGCCUCAAUUUUUGAUUGGAUCAGAUACAUUUUCUAUAAAUGAUCCCGAUACAAGUGAAUCACCGCAUUUUAAUUUACCUUUUGAUUUGCCAUUAGUUGAAUACUCGGCUAUUGACCAACCUUGGACUAUAUAAGUGGGUAAAUUAUGAAUUGAAUUUAACAUUUUUAUGUUAUAAAUGUAUACAGGAAGAUAUAAUUUUUCUAAUUAAUAUACUCUCAUUUUUUUU